CCGUAAAAACUUUUAAAUAUUAAUAAAAAAAAGUAAUUUGUAAUAAUAAUAUGGCGGACCAAAAUAACAAGGGCGCUAAAAGAUUAUUUUCGUCAAAAAUUGCAAUUUCUUGUGCUAAAUAAUUAGUAAAUGUCCAUUUUACAAAUGUCAUGUACGAAAUUUCUAUUGCAGUAAUAAUAUUGUGUGACUGUUUUUAUUUUCAGACAUAGAAUGUCGGCAAUAAAAGUGAAUUUUGAGAUUGGACACGUAGCUUCUUUGCGAUCAAAGAAAACCCCAGAAGGGUUUACUCAUGAUUGGGAAGUUUUCGUUCGUGGACAAGAAGGAGCCGAUAUUAGUAAUUUUGUGGAAAAAGUUGUGUUUAUUCUUCACGACACCUUUCCGAAGCCAAAAAGAGCUGUCAAGGCACCUCCAUUUUCACUCAAAGAGUCUGGCUAUGCAGGAUUUAUGUUACCAAUUGAAAUCCACUUGAUGAAUAAAGAUGAACCUAAAAAGAUCCAAUUUUCUUAUGAUUUAUCAUUACAACAAAGUGGACUUCUUAAAGACAGGUAUAUUUUCCAAAACCCCAAUGAUGACUUUAGAAAAAAAUUAUUAAAAGGUGGUGGUAUCACAAUAAAUAAUAAUGCAUUUUAUACUAAUCCAGACCAAGAAAGUAGAAGUAGAGACUCUUUCAGUGAUGAUAAACAACUUAUUAGUAAACCAAAAAUGUCUUCUGAAAAUAUAAAAAAACAUAAGUCUAAAGAACACAAGGAGGAAAUACCACACAGAACUAGUAGUUUCGAAAAUCUCUUUGGACCGCCUAUACAAAAACCGCCUAAAGUCUCAACAGAUCCAAAAAAAAAUGAUAAAACUGCCAGUUUUCAAAAUUCUAAGGCAGAGAAAAAAGAUAAAGAAAGAACAAGUUCAGACAAAAAAUCUAAACAUGAGCAUAAAGAACUAAAAACAGAAAAAGUAAAGAUAAAAGAAGAGAAAGAGAAGGUGCGAUCAGAUAAAACUAAAAGUCAUAAUAAAGAGCAAGAACGGUCUAAGGAUAAAUCUAAUAAAAGGCCCAAUGAAAGGCCACCAACACCGGAAGCAAAUAAGAAAAGAUGUCUUAGUCCUGUUAGAAAACCACCCAGUCCCCCAGCCCGUUCUAGUAGUGCAUCUAGUUUUAAAGAUGAAUAUAAAUCAUCUAAACAUAAUUUAGAAAAUAUGGAGCAGAAAAGGCCAAAAGUUGAAGAAAAGCUUCCCGAAGUUAAAACUGAAAAAGAAAAAAAAAAGAAAGAUAAAAAGAGCCAUGAUAGAGACAAAGAUCGUAAGGACAAAAGGGAGCAUAAAAAAGAAAGUCAUAAAAUAAAAGAGUCACCUAAAGAUUUGCCAAAAGAAGUUUCAAAAGAAAUAUCAAAAUCAAAAGAAAUUCCAAGGGAAAAAGAAUUACUAAAGGAAUCACACCCAGUAAAAGAAAAACAAACCAAAUCUGAAAAAAAUAACAAAUUUUCUAUAGAAAAUCUCAGAAAAACUCCUCCAGAAAAUAUGGAUCGUGUAGAAAAUCAUAAAUUAAAAGAUAAAAGUGAAUCAGAGAGAAAACACAAACACAAGAAGAAAGACAAGAAGCGAGAUGAGUCUAGAGAGAAACAUAAAGAGUCUAAUAAAGAGAAAAAACAUAAGCAUGAAAAAAAUCGAGAUAUACCUCAGGAAAAACCAGAGGUUAUUGAACGGCGAGAGACACCUAUUCCUAAAGAACGUUCUCUGCCUGAAUCAGCUUCACCAAUAUCUAUAGACACAGCCUCUCAGUGCAGUUCUAAGAGUGGGCUUGCUAAAACUUUGCAUACUGGCAAUGAAGAUAUAAACAGUAGUCAUUCUGAUUCAGAAAGCUCAAUGAUUGUUGAUGAAGAAGAACCGAAAAUUAAAAUUGAAAAUCCUUCUCCUGAACUACUGAAACAUGAACCAUCACCAGAACCGGAACCUGAGCCCGAACCUGAACCAGAGCCAGAAAUGGAACCAGAACCCGAGCCUAUAAUAGAACCACCUCCACAAAAAGAAAAGUCAAAGAAACAUAAAGAUAAAUCUUCAAAGAGAGAAGAAAAACGACGUAAACGGAAAGCUGCUGAAGAAGAAGAAGCUGAAAAUAGAAAAAUGGCAAAAGUCUCAGAACCUAUACUCCCAAACAAUGACAUAGAACGUGGAGAAAGUAGUGGCUCUACUUCAGUAGAGACAAAAGUACAGGACAAUGGAGUUUCUAGUAGUCUAGGAGAGGAUGCUGAGCCUGGAGACUUAUCACCUGAAUAUAUGGGGCAGUUACGUGAUCUGCAAAAACGUAUAAUGACUAUCAACAACAAUGAAGAUCUAGAACGUGUUGUGAAUUUAAUAGCAGAAACUGGUCGGUAUGAAGUUACUACACAAACAUUUGAUUUUGACUUGUGUUUAUUGGAUCGCUCAACAGUGCAGCAGCUUAUACAGUUGGUAGGAUGCUAGCUAAUAAUCGCAGUGAGAAUGAAACUCUACAGUGUAUUGUAAGCAAUGUACGAUGUUAUUUUAAAAACAAAAGUGAUGGUAGCUAUAGAGUUCCUAGUGGACAUUUUUUUAUUAUAAUAAAACACAUAUGCUCAUAUGCCACUAGCUUUUACCCAUGUCUAGGUCCAUGUAAACGAAAUAUGUUUACUGACGGAAAUAAAAGUACCGUAUGUCCUUUUAUAUCUCACCAAAUUUCGUAGUGAUCGGUUAAGCGAUUAAGACGUUAAGAGGUAACAAAUAAAUUAACUUUCACAAUUAUAAUAAGGAUUAUGUCUUUUGUGAGCUGUAAAAAUGUGAAUGAUAGCCAGGCUAAUCUCAUUAAUUCUAUAUUAAUUAUUGUAUGGAUAUAUUCACACUGCUCUACACUUGAGUGCUAAGUGCAAUACUGUAAAGGUAUGUAAAGCUAUAAGACUGUUGAAAGAUUGUUGAAAUCGUAAUGUAUAUUUUGUACAUUUAAUAUAUUGAUAACUAUUAUAAGUUAAAAAAUUUGAGAGUUUUUAAUUAACCCUCGACAUUGGGGGUUAUGUUAAUAAUUGUAUAAUAGGUAAUAAUGCUAGAUGUAAUUAUUAUUUUCUUAGUUCAUCACAAUCUCUUAUUAAAUAUUUUAUUUUUUGUUCGAAAUUAAUAUAAUUGUGAGUAUUUACUUCGAUAUUAUGAAGAGAUAACCAUAAUUUUUUUACAUAGAUGAUAUUUUUAAAACAUCACAUUUUAAAUGGUAUAAUAUUUUAAUCGAACAUUUUGAAUGAAAUAUUAUAAGAAUAAGAUUAUUUUGAAUCUUUCUAAAAUGUUUUGCUUUGGUUUUAAUCGGCAUCUGUAUAUUAUGUUUGUUGUAUAACUUAUUUUUUUAUUUAACUAGUAUUUUAGGU